AUGGAUGUUUCCCCCUCUAAAAUGCAGAUAUAUGGAAUUCAUGCUGCAUCUAGAGCUGCUGUCACGACAUUAAAUGUUUUGCCAGGGGAUCACAUUCUUGAUCUUUGUGCUGCUCCAGGUGCAAAGUUAUGCAUGCUUGCCGAACUUCUUGGCAGCUCAGGUUCGCUAACUGGAGUAGACAUUGCAAAAAGCCGUCUGGCUGCAUGCAGGACAAUGUUGCAAAAAUAUGCAUUGGGGGUUCGUUGUAGGCUUUUUGUAGCAGGUGGAACACCCUUUUCCCUCUUGCCUUAUCAGGAAUGGUCAUCUAGAGUACCUUGGAGUGAAAGAAGAAAGUCUAAACACACUAAUAGAAUAUCGAAAGCCAAUACAUGUGAAUUGAUCUUCUAUGGAAAGCAUUCUGGAGUAAUUGGACUAAGAAAGGAGCAGCUGUUUCAAACUGGAAAAGAAGAGGGUAAUGAUGGUGGAUACGACAAGGUCUUGGUUGAUGCUGAGUGUACACAUGAUGGGUCUGUUAAGCACAUCCUCAAGUUUGAAGAUUGAUGGGACACUCUUCAAAGAAGACUGUUGGAUGCAGAAAGAAUUGGUUCAUUGACUCGACUCCAGUUACAGCUUCUUACUAAUGGUUUCAGAUUGCUUAAAGUUGGAGGGUCACUUGUGUAUAUCACAUGCAGCUUGACUGUUGCUCAAAAUGAAGAUGUGGUUUAGCAGUUUCUUACAAACAAUCCUUCUGCUGGUAAUAACGCUAUCCAAGAUAUCCUUUAG